AUGAACGUUUGGAGCCACGACCGUUACAACCACCAGCACGACCGUUACAACCACCAACACGACCGUUACAGCCACCAACACGACCACUACAGCCACCAACACGACCACUACAGCCACCAACACGACCACUACAGCCACCAACACGACCCUUACAACUACCAACACGACCGUUAUAACCACCAACACGACCGUUACAACCACCAACACGACUGUUAUAACCACCAACACGACCGUUACAGCCACCAACACGACCCUUACAACCACCAACACGACCGUUACAACCACCAACACGACCCUUACAACCACCAACACGACCGUUACAACUACCAACACGACCCUUACAACUACCAACAUGACCGUUAUAACCACCAACACCACCGUUACAACCACCAACACGACCGUUACAACCACCAACACGACUGUUACAACCACCAACACGACCGUUACAACCACCAACACGACCCUUACAACUACCAACAUGACCGUUAUAACCACCAACACCACCGUUACAACCACCAACACGACCGUUACAACCACCAACACGACCGUUACAACCACCAACACGACCCUUACAACCACCAACACGACCGCCAACAUGACCAUUACAGCCACCAACACGACCGUUACAACUACCAACACGACCCUUACAACUACCAACAUGACCGUUAUAACCACCAACACCACCGUUACAACCACCAACACGACCGUUACAACCACCAACACGACCGUUACAACCACCAACACGACCGUUACAACCACCAACACGACCCUUACAACCACCAACACGACCGCCAACAUGACCAUUACAGCCACCAACACGACCGUUACAACUACCAACACGACCCUUACAACUACCAACAUGACCGUUAUAACCACCAACACCACCGUUACAACCACCAACACGACCGUUAUAACCACCAACACGACCGUUACAACUACCAACACGACCCUUACAACUACCAACACGACCGUUACAACCACCAACACGACCGUUACAACCACCAACACGACCGUUACAACCACCAACACAACUGUUACAACCACCAACACGACUGUUACAACCACCAACACGACCCUUACAACCACCAACACGACCCUACAAUCACCAACACGACCCUUACAACCACCAACACGACCCUUACAACCACCAACACGACCCUACAACCACCAACACGACCGUGA